AAUGCAGGCGAAAAGUAGCUGAGAUCUAAAAUCGUCAGUCGAGCUCUUCAAUCGGUCAAGCUUGUGCAAAUUAAUUUAAUUUUGUGUGUUUUUAUUCUGAAAAUGGAAAAUACCGUAGUUUUGGAUGAUGUGGUGCUAAAUCCAUUGGCUAAUGCCAAUGGCAAGCGCAAUGCAGAGGACCACCCUGCUGAAGUCAACAGCCUCGAGUCUGCCCCAAAGAAGCCAAGAGUUCGCAAAGCUAAUUCUCAGCGCUGGAACGAAAAGGAGAAUUCAAAGGAGCCUGUAGUGAUAGUUGACGAUCUUCCUGACCAAGGUCAGCAAGAGGCUGAGCGUGAAAAUCAAUCAAAAAUGUUUCGUGCUCGUGUUGCUGGCAAUGUUGGCGCUCAAGCUGAACAGCGCCUUGGAUCGCGCAUUGUAUCCCGUCGUGAAUCGUGUUGUGGAGGUGGCUAUGGCGGUGGUGGCGGAGGUGGAGGUCAUGGUGCUGGUGGUGAGGGCGGUGGUCAUUAUUCAUACGGAGGCGGUGGCGGUGGUGGUGUUGGUGGAUCCAACAACCACAAAAAUCAUCAGCAGCGUUCUGAGGAGUUUAUGAUAGCGCAGCGCCUGCGCAACAUGAGUGGCCCAACUCUGGAUCUGGAUCAAGUCGAUGAUGGGGAGGAAAUUAAGUUCUCGGGACGCAAUCGUCUGUAUGUAGGCAAUUUAGCCGGUGAAUUGCAAAGUGAGAAGGGGUUGCGUGAAUUGUUCGAGCCUUACGGCAAAUUGGGCGAUAUCUACAUUGGUCCAGAUAAAAAGUUUGCCUUCGUUAAGGUCGAAUAUCAUGCCAAUGCCGAGAAGGCCAAGCGUGCCUUGGAUGGCACCACGGCUGCGGGGCGAGUGCUGCGUGUCCGUUUCGCAGGUAAUACAGCGAUACGUGUCAGCAAUCUGACUCCCUUCGUCUCCAAUGAGCUGCUCUACAAGGCAUUCGAGGUCUUCGGGCCAGUGGAGCGGGCAACCAUUACGGUCGAUGACCGUGGCAAUCAUAUGGGCGAGGGAACUGUGGAGUUUUCCAAGAAGUCGUCGGCGAACAUAUGCCUGCGCAUGUGUCAGGAGAAGUGCUUCUUCCUAACUGCUGCGCUGCGUCCGUGCAUCGUAGAGCCCAAGGAGAUCAUUGAUGAGGACGGAUUUCCCGAGAAGUCCAUGAGCAAGACUAGCCAGUUCAACAAGGAGCGCAGCUUCGGGCCACGUUUCGCUGAUCCAAAUUCAUUCGAUCAUGAAUACGGCUCCCGAUGGAAGCAGCUGCAUCAAAUGUACAAACUCAAAAGCGCAGCUCUCAAGCGCGAAAUGAAGCUGGAGGAGGAAAAGCUAGAGGAACAAAUUGAGUUAAUUCGCUAUGAGAGAGAGACUCAGCUCUUGCGUCAAGAGCUUCAGAAACGUGAAGCUGACAAGGAACGCUUGAAAAUGGAGUGGGAAAUGCGUCAGAAGCAAUUAAUGGAGAAGGACCUGUUCGAGGAGGAGCGCCUUCAGAGCUUCCAGCUGCGUCAGGAGGUUCCGCUGAGACGUCGUCCGCUGGAGAGGCCCGUUUAUAGAUCCAAUCAGCCGAUGGGCUUUAUCGGUGGCUGUGACUAUGCUAACAGAGACGUGGAAAUGGAAAGCAAACCGUUUGUGGUGUUUGGAGAUGCACCAAAUAAUAAUGAUAUCGGAACAGCUGGAAUUAAUCAGACUGGCAACUUUGGCAACAAUUUUGACGAGAAGAAUCUUAAUAUGAUUGAAGGCAAUGAGAAUAUUAACGAUAAUCCGCCAUGGUGCCGACGCUAGAUUUAAUCGUUGGAGUCUAUUUCAAAAAAUGAUUGGCAAAUGAAAAGAAAAACAUAGAAAAACAAAUACAAAAGCAAAUGUACAAGAAUUGUCAUAUUGAGCACUUAAUAAAGACAAACAAUUAUUCAUGA